AUGGCCAACGUCACAGAGCACCCAUUUAGGGUCAAGAGGAGAAAGCUUGAUGAAGAUUCUCAUCCAAAGCAGGAUGUGUCAUUUACAUCCCCAGCACAGCUCCGUGGACUGCUGACUUUUCAACAGAACCCCCAGCUGGCCAAUAAAGGAAUCAUCCAAUUUAAGCAGUUUCUUCUGUCAAUUGGAGAAGCCACUCAGACUGACAAGACUCAGAAGCUGAGUAUUCUGAAAGGCUACUGCGAUAAGCAAAUCACUCCCGCCAAAGAAGAAGGUGCCGAGGCCGUCUGUUUCUCAGAUAUCACUCAAACCUGGAGCUAUGGAGAAAGCAGCAACCAUGAUAUGUUGUUGACCAAUGUUCCGUCCGUGCUUGCCAUCUUUCUAAAGACCAUCUCCGGCGACCUGGAGUUCCGGGAUUUUGGCGUCGCGUUGUGCAAGCACCUGUUGCAAAAAGAUCAACUAAGGCUCUUCAACCGUGGCCUGACCGCUCUCAAGUCUAAAGAGCAUCUUAUCUCGCCUUGUCUCCGCCUGCUGACGGAGAUCGUUACUUUCGAUGGCGGUGCCGUGGCCCGGCAACUGUAUCUUCGCCGUCACAUCACUUUCAAGCGUCUCGAGAUGUUCUUGACACCAAGUAAGGCACAGCUGGAGACCGCAGAUGGCGAAUCUCAACAAAAGUCGACCCUUCGGCGAAAUGCUCAACGUUAUCUUCUGGCCAAUCUGAGAGUGCAGCAACAUCUAGAAAAGGGUGAUAUCAUCGAGCAACACAAGCUCACCAGGGCUUUCCUUGAUUACCUGCGCAAGGAUCCACGGGAGACAGUCUUAGAAACUAUCAAGGCAAUUGAGAGGGAUAUUGUGCAAGAUGCCGCUUUAUCCCGCAAGUCGAAGAGCAAGUUUUUCAACCGGUGGAACAUGGAAAAACUGGUCACUCUUUACGGCUACGACCGAGAAUCAGACGAACCAAACCCUGAGGGAAUUUCAAUUGCGAACGAGAUUCAUCGCAUUCUGCUGAACGUCUGUAAGUCUGCUAGCUUGGGCGUUCUGCUUCCCGAAGCUGGAUGGUAUCCAGUCGGAACCGACCCGGAAUCUCUGGUUGAAGAUGAUACCUCUAUCGAACUGGGCCUCGACUCCCCCAUCUACGUUGACAAGUACCGAGACACAAUUCCUGUUCGAAACAACACUCUGUCACAUCUUAUUCAAUGUCUUCGCCCCGAUGCGGACAGUCUGCAAAUUGAGUUGUUGGUGACAAUCUUCAAGGUGGCACCAGAGCUGAUCGCCGACUUUUUUACCAAGAAAGUCAUGUUCACAUCUGACCCCAAGGCAACUCCUUCUUGGAUGGCCGAGUCAGCUCUUCUUUUCUCCAUCGUACAGUUGCCGGUUCCGACGAACUGUGGCUGGAAAGAAAAGCAACCUAUGUUACCACCACCAGUUUCGGUCGUCGCGGAAAACAUCCUUCCCCGUCCAUUGAGCCAGAAGAUCAUGACCCGCUGCUUGAAUCAAAAUGCGGAGAUUGUCACUUUGUUCGCUGUGCGCAUGUUAACUCUGGCCUUCACAAAGUUGCGAGCUGUCUUGAAGAUCUUCCGUGCCGAUCAUGGUCGAGCUCAAUUGUUCUGGACCCAGGCCUCUUCCAAGCUUUUGGCCGAGUUCUCUCGCAGAUGUCCCGAAGUCAAAGACGUCGUUCUUCUUUUCCGACGAACUGCAAAGGAGGAUUUGCAACAGCAAGAAGCCGUUGCCGAAUUACUGACUUGCUACUAUGAAAUCAUGCCUGACAUUGCACUUGAGGAAAAUUUCGAUGUCUCAUUGGUCCUCGUCGAUGUACUCAAACGACUAGAAGACUCGGAGCUCAGCGCGGAUGAUUCCGAGCUGCUCUUGAGCCAGUUGCAGAGCGUUUUGCAGAUUGCUCAACAAUCUGCCUCGCUACGUUGGUGGCAAAAACCAGCUUCCAUGAAUUAUACCCCAUUCACAUCCAUUCUGAAAGUUCUUAUCGACACUUCAGACAAGAUUUCUUCCCGGCGGAUUUCUAUUCUUCUCAGAACUAUCCUGGUAGAGAACUCUGUUUUACACAAUGCCCCGAAGGCGUUCAACGCUCUUUUGUCCAGUCUUGAAGACUCUGGAAGCGAGUUGCACAAGCAAUUGGUUUUCUUUGACAACUGCGUGUCUCGAGUUGCAAAGAAGCCCGUCCACUACCUGAACCUCGUUGCAUCUCUAUCCGAAGAUGAAAGCGCCACAAGCCCUAUAGUCGCGGCCAUUAUUGAACAGUGGCCUUUUGUUGUCAAGGCAGGUGAUGAAACUACGGAGGCCGCUGUUGCUGCCUGGAUCGCCAAGUUCCUGGGACAAUUGAAACAGGAGGGUGAAAGCAGUAAAUCUCUGAAAGCUGCUAGAGAUUCGCUGAUGGAGGCUACUGAAGCGAAGAAGAUGCGCUCUCUUUUCAAGAAAUGCUUCAAGGGCACAGAGGAGGUGGAUUCAGAAGAUAAAAUGGACAUUGACUCCGGUCCUACCCAACCAACUGGAGGCGAUAAGGCUUCUACAGUGGACCUGGAGGAGAUCUUUGGAUCUCUUCCCACGGAGGGCACAUCCCACAACGCAUUACAUAAAUGGGAAAGGGAGGAAAUCGAGGCAGCCAUGGAACAGGGCCAUGCCGAUCAGCUCAUUCUAUGUCUUUGCUCUGAGCACGAAGAAGUCCGAAGACAAGCUGUGGCCAACCUGGUUCGCUUCAUGGCUAAGCUGAAGGAAUCAAAUUAUGCUGAAUGGCGUACCGUGUACACUCUAACCGGAGAAUUGCUGGAAACCGCAAGCAGCAUUGGCUUCGAGAAGCCCAUUCCUUGGAUCGUUGGCGAAUGUGCAUCUAACUGCCUCUCCGUUCUCCUCAACCCCCUCCACAAAGUCUACGGUAAAGUGAACAAAUUCUUACAAAAAGCCCCAUCUUGGGAAGUUGAGAAGAUUCCGUCUUACUGGAUCGACCGAAUCUUCCUGCAAGAGCCCGAAUUGGACGACGGAUACUUUGAAGAGAUUGAUUGGUUGCUCAGUCUGUUCGUCAAAGGUCUCCGCAGCAAAGCUGAUAUGGAGAUUUACCGCCGCGCAAAUGUCUUUGAGCGCAUCUUAUCUCUUUACCAAUCCCCAAGUCUGACCGACUCGUCCCGCCGAAAGAUCUUGCAAAUUAUUUACCGUGCCACACAAGUGGACGGGAGCACUACCUUGAUUACUCGUUCCGCUGUCAUGAGCUGGAUCCAAAUCCAAACUUCAGAGACAGAGCCUUCCAGUAAAGAGGCAGCUCUUCUUGCGGCUCUUGCACGCGCGCUAUAUGAUACGUCGGACCGUGAACGGAUCGAGGCAUGGAGCGCUGGAACCGUUGAGCGUGCUUUGGAGGAGAUCGAGACUGCAGCCGCAUAG